AUGAAACAUAUAUAAGGUUUGUUUUAUUGUAUAUUAUAUGGUGGAUGCUCAUUUUGCUUUUCUCUAAGUGUGAAAUACUUAUGGAUUGAAUUUCAAUUCAGAAUGACAUUCCUGGUAAAGUACUUUAUUUAUUUAGAGUUAUUAUUGUAUGAGAAUAUUCUAACAGCUCUAAUUUGUUUGUUUUUGGGAAAAAGAAAUCAUACAUCUAAAGAUACUUUGUUGUAUUCAUUUAUGUAUUCCCUUCAAACAUUUUCUGGAAUGAAGGGAUUAUAAAUAAUGAAUAUUUCAAUGUAUAUGACAUUAAGAAGAACUCUAAUUUUAUUUGUAUUUCUAAUGUAAAAGAGUUGGAAGAUCUCAAAUUUCAUGUCUGUUAUUUUCAUAACACUUGGAGCAAUAAUAGCUGGUACAUUAAAUUUAUGUAAUAUUUUAAGGUUAAGAACAUUUAGAUGAAAACUAUUUAGGUUAUGGACUCAUUCUUUUGAAUAAUGUUUUUAAUGCUCUUGCGUUGCAUAAAUCUAAACAAUUGAAUAAUGAAAAAUAAAUAGAGCCUCUUGAAUUACUCUUCUAGAAUUCUUGUAAUUAAAUUCCUUUUCUAUUUAUUGGAGCUUAUGCAAGUUAAGAAUUGCAUGACUUUAUGAAUUCUUAUUACUUAAAUUAGUAAUUCAUUCUUGCUUUCACAUUAGUUUCAUUGAUGGGAUUCCUGUUAUGUUAUUCAACCAAUUUAUGCAAUAUGUACAAUUCUCCUAUUGCCAUUGCAAUCACUCAUAAUAUUAAGGAUAUUUUAAUUACUUCCUACUCUUUUUUCUUCUUGAAAGAAGAGUAUGACUUUUAAAUUCUUGCAGGAAUCAUUGUCAGCUAUUUAGGAUCUAUACUAUAUUCUAUUUAAAAAGUUAAAGAAAUUAAAUCCUUAUAUUUACCACUUUCUUAAAAUGAAAAAGAAGAAAAACAUGAUUGA